AUGGUUUCUUGGAAUCAAAAUGAUUUAAAGAAACACAACUCAGAGUCUCCAUUCCAACCAAUGCAGACCCCUAAAAUCACUGUGCAGAGGGCCAAUACGCGAGACAAGAGAGAGAGGUUGGAGGCCAGACACAAAAAAGAAGACCUGUCCCGUGAUGACUUAUUGUUUCUGUUGAGUAUUCUGGAGGGAGAACUACAGGCCAGAGAUGAGGUAAUCGCUGUGUUGAAAUCAGAGAAGACAGAUUCAGCUCUACUGGGGGCCCAAUAUGGUUCCAGCAGACCGGAGAAGGUGCUUCGUGUCCUGCAGAGAGACUCCCUGUGGACCCAGCAGGACCACCUGCAGGAUGUGUACAGAAAAACAAGGGCUGAGCUCAACAACUUGGUGAAGGCCCAGCAGCGCUCCUCCCAACGGAUGCAGGAGCAGCUCCUGGAGGUGUCCCGCUCUCACAGAGACGCCUUACACAGGCUUGAGGAGCAAGAGUGGAGCCACAGGGGUUUCACCCAUAAGAGCACCUGCCUGACCACUCUACUGGAGGAGGACAGAGAGAGGGAGCGGCUCCAUGAUAGAACUGUCGAUAGCGCAGAAAGUAGUCCAGACAAGGCUAAACAGCGAGGGGAAGCAGCCAGACCAGAGCGCUAUGGGACCACGGUACCUCUGCUGCUGAAGGGCGAGGAGCGCAGACCUUUCUUCCAGCGCACCACCGGGAGCUAUCCUGCGUCACUCCAGCUGCUGGUUCGUGCAGAAGGUGAACAGCUGAUCCUGUUGCUGCAGAAAAAUGAGGGUCUAUUUACAAGCCAUUACACUGAGACACAUUACCGGGAGGAUGGAAGAGCAGUCACCGGUGCUCACAACUUCACGAAUAACUGCUACUACCAUGGGGAAGUGCAGACGCAUCCAAACUCUGAUGUCACCCUCAGCACCUGCUCAGGCCUUCGGGGCUUCAUCGCACUUGAAAACAAGACAUUUAUCAUUGAGCCAAAGCCUGGACAUGACAACGGUGCUCACUUCAUCUACCGAGUGGAAGAGCUCGCACUGACCCAAGGAGCCUGCGGCCACGGCUUCAACAUGUCCUCUGUUGCCCCUGAAAACCACAUCAAAAGUCCCUUUCAAUCCUUCCACACGAGGCAUAAAAGGCAUACUCAGAAGACAACUAAGUACGUUGAGCUGAUCAUUGUUGCAGACAACAGAGAGUUUCAGAAACAGGGGAGGGACGUUGAGAAGGUGAAACAAAGACUGGCAGAGAUAGCCAAUUACGUGGACAAGUUCUACAGAGCCCUGAACAUCCGGGUGGCCCUGGUGGGUCUGGAGGUGUGGAGUGACUCUGACAAAUGUCCCGUCACCCAGGAUCCCUUCAACACUCUGCACGAGUUCCUGGAUUGGAGGAAAGUCAAACUGCUGCCCCAGAAACCUCACGACAACGCUCAGCUCAUCAGCGGGGUUUACUUCCAGGGCACCACCAUUGGCAUGGCGCCCAUCAUGAGCAUGUGCACGGCUGAGCAGUCUGGAGGCAUUGUCAUGGAUCACUCUGAGAACCCGCUGGGUGCAGCCGUGACUUUGGCACACGAGCUUGGACACAAUUUUGGGAUGAACCACGACACGCCAGAGCGCGGCUGUGGCUGCAGGAUGACCGUUGACCGCGGGGGCUGCAUCAUGACCCCCUCCACAGGGCAUCCUUUUCCAACGGUGUUCAGUACAUGCAGUAAGAAAGACCUUGCUGCCAGUCUGGAGAAAGGCGUGGGCAUGUGUCUGGACAACAUGCCCGAGGUCAAGGUGCUCUACGGUGGACAAAAGUGUGGCAACGGCUACGUUGAGGAGGGAGAAGAGUGCGACUGUGGGGAGCCGGAGGAAUGUAUGAACCCAUGCUGCAACGCCACCACGUGCACCCUCAAGGGAGACGCUGUGUGCGCCCACGGACAGUGCUGUGAAGACUGCAGGCUGAAACCGGCUGGCACCAUGUGUCGAGAGUCCAGUAACUCCUGUGACCUGCCAGAGUUCUGUACCGGUGCCAACCCUCACUGUCCAGCCAACGUCUAUCUGCAUGACGGGCACGCCUGCUACAGCGUUGAAGGCUACUGCUACAACGGCAUCUGCCAGACGCAUGAGCAGCAAUGCAUCACCCUGUGGGGGCCAGGAGCCAAACCUGCCCCUGGGAUUUGCUUCCAGCGAGUCAACUCUGCAGGAGAUCCUUACGGGAAUUGUGGGAAGGAUUCCAAAGGCUCCUUUGCCAAAUGUGAUGCGAGGGAUGCAAAGUGUGGAAAGAUUCAGUGCCAGGGAGGAGCCAACCGGCCAGUGAUCGGAACAAAUGCUGUUUCUAUUGAAACAAAUAUCCCGCUGCAAGAAGGAGGCCGAAUUCUGUGUCGAGGAACGCAUGUGUAUCUGGGCGAUGACAUGCCUGACCCUGGGCUGGUGCUGGCUGGCACGAAGUGUGGAGACGGCAUGGUGUGCCUGAAUCGCCAGUGUCAGAAUGUCAGUGUCUUCGGUGUGCACGAGUGCUCUGGGAAGUGCAAUGGACGUGGGGUGUGCAACAACAAGAUGAACUGUCACUGUGAAGCACACUGGGCGCCUCCGUUCUGCGACAACGGCGGCUUCGGUGGGAGCAUCGACAGCGGCCCGAUGAGAGUGGCAGCUGACAGUGUGGUCAUUACUGUGGCAAUCCUGGUGACCCUGAUCAGCCUGCUGGUCACCACCCUCAUCAUCUUCAUGAAGAGGAAGGCUCUGCUGCGGCUCCUCUUCAACAAUAAGAAGAGCACCUUGGAGAAACUCAGAUCUUUGGAGGCCAGCAGGCCCACCAGCCCCUUGAGGACUCAGUCCAUGUACAGACCCACCCCAAAACGCAAGCCUCCACCCAAACCCUGUGCAGCCAACAUUUAUAAGCCGUCUCUCCUGAGUGCGGAGCCUCUCCUCCCCCCCCACAGCUUCCACUCCCACAGCCUGCGCAGACUGCCCCUCUACCAGCCGCUGCACAUCAGCCAGCCCAUGCCGGUGUCCCUGAGCGUGGGCCAUCCCAUCCUGCCUCCUCUGCCGGCCUACCACAGGGUCCUGCCCGCCCACACGGCCCUCUCUCCCCCCCGAGUGACACCUUUCCUCAGCCUGCCACGCCAGCAGCCGUCCUGCAGAGCAGACCAGACCUCCGCUUUACUGGACCAUACAUAA